GAGGAGGAGGAGGAGGAGGAGGAGGAAGAGGAAGAGGAGGAGGAGGAGGAGGAAGAGGAUCAUCAAUCAAGCAUAUGGCAACAAUUCUUAGCUUGGCAGGAACAAAAACAUUACAUUUCCUACCUAAAGCAUUAUAUUGACCCAAGAUUACCAAAUUAUAGAGACUUGGUGCUCAGACCCCUGCCAGCCCCCCAGCCAAGCCCCCUGCCAGCUCCUGUGCACCCAGAAGCCCCCUGUCUUAUGUAUGGGGCUGUGGGCAGUGUGGGUGGGUUAGCUGUGACGGCCCUCUCGCUCUCUCCUGAUGCUGUGUUUCUUGACCUUUGUGCUGGGAGGGGACACCACACUGAACUGGCAGGUGAGUGUGUGAAGGGUGAAGGGCUGGUGGUUGCCAACUGUCUCACGCGUCGCUACCUGCCGGAUGUUGAGAGAGUCGUUAGCAGGUGUGGGCUGACCUCCAUGCUGGUGACGAGGCUACACCUGCUGGAAAUGCCAAAGUCAAUUCGAGGCAGUUUCACCCAUGUACUAGUAAAUACACCUACUACUACUACUGGUGGUGGUGGUGGUGUUGGUGUGUGGUUCCUGCAGCAAGUGUUGGAGGCUGGUGUGGACGCGCUGGUGUGUGGCGGUGUGCUGGUGUAUCUCACUGUCUCGGCAAGGGUGGAGGAUAACGAGGAGGUGGUGGAGCAGGUGAGGCGAACCAGACAGGUGGAGGUGGUGCCCCUGACGCCCCCACCUCACUCCACAGACCUCAGAUUUGAGAAGAGUGAGAGUGGUUGUCUGCGCGUCACUCACUUGGACGGUGGCAGCUGCGGCGGUGGUGGUAUGUACUGCCUUACUAAACUGAAGAAGGUGGCUUGAUUUGCUGGUGGUGGUAGUAGUGGUGGUGGUGGUGGUGAACAGACACACAGACAUAGAGAAUAGAUAGAUUGUAAUGUUAAGGAUGGUCAUUAUUAUUUUCUAUAUUAAUUGUGUGUGUGUGUUUUACUGUUAUAUUAAUAGAAACUUCAUUUUUGUGUAUUUUUAUAAGAAUAUUGACGUUAAUUGAGUUACAUAUGGACACUAGGCAGAUAGAUUGUUAUUAUUAUUUUUUUUUUUAAGGUUAUUUUUAUUACAAUACAAAUUUAUAUCUUUUUGUAGCUUAGUUUUCACGUUUUUGCUCACGGAUUCAUUUUCUUUGUAACUUUAAGCUCUACAUUACUUCAGCUUUGAGGACUGACUAGGUGGACACACACACACACACACACACACUUCAUCAUUUACAAAGUUGAAACCAGGAAGUACAUUCAUUCAAGUAUAAAAUUGAACAAACGAGAAAUAAGAGAACACACACACACACACACACACAAGGAUAGCAAGACCACACCUAUGUAAUCCAACGUGUAUUUCAAAUUGAGAUACAGAGACAAAGAAGCAAAUAAUUAAACUAUGAUAAAUGCUUGAACAAACACACACACACACACACACACACACACACACACACACACA